AUGUCAAUGCUUGCUGGGGCAGGACCUAAUGGCCAAACUCAACCAGCAACCGACGAACUCAAAAACGCUGCUUUCACGUGUAUUGGUGCUAUUAUUGAGGUCUCAUCUUCGGCAAGACAAGACAAAACUCUUUUUCAAGAUCAAGGAACGAGAAACAUUGCAGAUCAGCUUGUUUACCUUCUUCUCGAGUCCAUCACUGACGACAGCUCAGAGCAGGUACAGCUCAAAGCAUCCGAGGCACUCCUACAACUCAUCAAAGCAAUUCGUAGCAGGGUUUUCCUCGCUAGUCUAUUGCCGCGGACCGUCUCGUCGCUAGUGAAGGCACUGAAGCUGAGCACCACUAUAAGACGGACACAAAAGGUCCUGGUGUCGAACGUGAAAGUGCUUCGAAUGAUAAUAAUUCAAACACUCUCAGACAGGGUAGCGACCACCACAGACCUGGAAGAAGAACGGCAGAUACUGGACAACUCUUGGCUUAAGGCCACUUCGACGCAGAUCAAAAAUGCUCUCAUACAGCAUGAAGGUGCCAGUGUUCGCAGAAGCAUCGAGGAGCUAUGUGUUGUUGUUCUUGAGGAAUGCCAGGUUACUCUUAGUGAUUCAAUGCCUGUGGUACUUGAGAGCUUGGUUGUACUUGCCUCUUUACCAGAAGGCGAAAGUGCUCAGAUGACGUGCAGGCAUAUUGUCACCGUGUAUCCUAACAUAGCGGAGAUCUUGCAAAGCAACUUUCUGAACUGGUCUAACACACUGCCGCGGCUUAUGCAGAGCCAAAACGAUGAAGUCAAGGAGAUGGCGCUGCGCAAGCUCACAGUGACUCUGCCACUUCUUGCACAGACAAAUGUGAGCACGAUAGGCAGUCAGCAAAACUUCCUGCCUAUGUUGAUCGAUGGAGUGUCGAAUCUGAUCCAAGAGUCGCCUACCAAAACCGUCGAUAUGCAAGAUGUUGACAGCUCACUAGAUGCCUUGUCGAAUACGAGAUCGAUGUCGCAAUUUGACUUCCAGCUAGUUUUGCUAAACCACGAGGCCCAGAAAAGUACAACUACACAACUCCAGCGCUUGGUGAAAGCUCUACGUGACGAGUCAGGCAACCAGAACCUGGUUCGUAGUUUGACCGAUAUAGUAGCUGAGGCGGAUGGUGCGACAAGAUUGGCCGCCCUCUGGCUUGCUCUCGAAAUGCUGAAGGACAAAGACAGCUUCACGUUGGACGAUCUGUUGGUCUCAGACAUCGAUUCUGAUCAGUCAACGCAUCGCGCAAGACAACUUGCUGAACUGCAUGCGACUACGUUCGAGUCGUUGUCCUCGGUCCACCAGACAGAAAGCACUGGCCCUGAUCAUUGGCGGUUUCAAGCUCUGGCCCUUGAGGUCCUUGUCCUCUACGCCCAGAGCCACUCGCCAGACAGUUUUCGAUCCGAGUUAGUAGACACACUUUACCCAGUACUUUCGCUCUUAGCCUCGCCCAACUCACUUCUUCGCUCACAUGCUAUGACAGCCUUGAACAAGCUUGCUAGCAUAUGCCAGUAUCAUAACACGCAAGAUCUAUUGAUUCAGAACGCCGAUUACCUGGUCAACUCAAUAGCGUGGAAGCUGAACACGUAUAGUCUAAGCCCCGAAGCUCCUCAAUUAUUAGGUAUGAUGGUUCAUCUGUGUGGCGCAGAGAUCGUACCAUAUGUCGAUGAUCUCAUCCAGUUGAUCUUUGCAGCGCUGGACAACUACCAUGGCUAUUCUGCCCUAGUAGAGACCCUUUUCUCUACUCUCAAAAAAGUAAUCGACGUGAGCGUCAAGCAGCCUCUACUGGCAAUUACUCAAGGACAAAGGACGAUACCGAAUCAUGCUAAAACAGCGAGCUCGAUCUCAAGAACGUCGGAUGUGCUGUCUGAUCUCCGGGCUCGCAAGCAACGUAAAGUCGAUUUUGGACGACCUGCGAACGAGCCACCAGCAACUGCUCCUCAUCGACCAUGGACCGAUGCGCUGGAUGGACCAAGUUUCACAGACCCGGCUGGAGACGAAGAUGGAGGGCUCACUGAGCAAGAUAGUGACCAGAACUUAGCACCACUUAAAAACUCCGAGGAAGCAGAAGAACACAAAAAGACCAAAUCGCAUACAUUACUGCUGAAUAUCGCGAAAUCUACUGUGCCACACAUGACUUCGCCGUCCCCUCGAGUACGGCAGGUAUUGCUGGGCAUACUCAAGGACAUUUCACCACUUCUUGCUGGUGAUGAGAACUCAUUUCUUCCGCUGGUCAACAACGUUUGGCCGGUAGUCGUAUCAAGGUUGUUUGCAGAUGAGGGCAUGGACGAAGAGACAGCAUACAACACGGCGGCGGCGGCAGACACGAUUGCCGUGUUGUGCACCAACGCAAGUGAUUUUAUGUCUUCCCGAAUUGAAAGGAUUUCCGAAGACUUGAUCAGAUUGUGGAAGCAAGUGCGGAAAAGUGUUCUUGUGGAAGGGGCAAAGGGCACAUUGCACGAAUCCAAUGCCAGAUCUCAGACCUUAGCAACAACUUCGGUCAUUAAUCUGCACGUCUCGAACACGGCAUCGUCAGAGCUAAGUCCAGAGAAGGCAGUUCUAGCACACCACUUCACUCGAACCUCGAAGAUGCAGAUCUUCAACUCGCUUGUGAACCUUGUGGCUGUCAUAGUGGGGCAUGUGAGGCUGUCUCUUGACACAAGAGAUGCGCUCAUACGUUUACUGCUCCCAUUCAAGGCUCGAAGCGAGGACAUUGGUGUUGUACUACAGACUGCCAACGCCGACUGGGUAUGGCUGUACCAGCUUCGAUAUGGUGACAACGGGCCUGUAUCUCAACCUUUAACAGCAAAAUAA